AUGACAAUACGCACACUCUCAUAUCUCCCCCGUCUUUCUUCACCGGACCAACGCACAGCACCAGCACCACAACUCCACCAACCAGCAAGUAAAAUCGUUAAUCUUGUACCGAGCGAUCUAUCAAGAGGGAUGAACGCGGACUACGGCGUGCCCACGGAGCUGGCGGGGCCCCUGCAGCAGAGGAGGGCGCUGUACCAGCCCCGCCUCCCACCCUGCCUCCAGGGAGCGACGGUGAGGGUGGAGUACGACGAUGCGACCACCACCAUCGACCCCACCGGCGCGCACGCCGUCGCCCAGGCCUUCCCGCGCACCUACGGCCAGCGGCUCGUCACUUUUCUCUCGCCGGACGACACCGCCGGGGCUGUCAAGGCUGUCAACGAGCGCCAGCCCAUCAGGGUGGGCGUGGUCUUCUCCGGGAGGCAGUCACCUGGAGGGCACAAUGUGGUCUGGGGCCUCCAUGAUGCUCUCAAGGUUUACAAUCCCCAGAGUAUUCUCUACGGAUUUAUUGGUGGGACUGAGGGGCUGUUUGCAAACAAGACAUUGGAGAUCACAAAUGAUGUUCUUGCUUCAUACAAGAACCAGGGUGGUUUCGAUUUGCUGGGCAGAAGUAUUGACCAGAUCCGCUCGAGUAAGCAAGUGAGUGCUGCUAUGACGACGUGCCAAGAUCUUAACUUGGAUGGCCUGGUCAUUGUUGGAGGAGUCACUUCCAAUUCAGAUGCUGCACAGCUCGCAGAGACCCUUGUCCAAAAGAACUGUAAGACCAAGGUCGUUGGUGUGCCUGUUUCACUGAAUGGCGAUCUCAAAAACCAGUUUGUCGAGACAACCGUUGGAUUUGACACGGUGUGCAAGGUGAAUUCUCAGCUUAUAAGCAAUGUCUGCCUAGAUGCAAUCUCAGCUGGAAAGUACUACUAUUUUGUUCGUUUGAUGGGUCGAAAAGCAUCUCAUGUCGCCUUAGAAUGUGCACUACAAUCACACCCAAACAUGCUUAUCAUGGGAGAGGAGGUGGCAUUGUCAAAACUCACACUGAUGGAGGUUAUAAACAAGAUAUGUGACGGAGUACAAGCAAGGGCAGAAUUAGGAAAACACCAUGGUGUGCUCCUUAUACCAGAGGGACUGAUAGAAAGCAUUCCAGAAAUGUAUGCACUCAUUCAGGAAAUCAGUAUCCUCCACAACAAUAAUGUGCCUGUUACAGAGAUACCAACACAACUGUCUCCGUGGGCAGCGGCACUGUUCCAGUUCUUACCACCCUUCAUCAGAAGAGAGCUCCUCCUCCAUCAAGAAUCUGACAACUCUGCCCAGUUGUCCCAGAUUGACACCGAACAACUGUUAGCUCACUUGGUAGAAGCAGAAAUGAUAAAAAGAACAAAAGAAGGGAGAUACAAGGGAAAGAAGUUCAGUUCAGUCUGCCAUUUCUUUGGAUAUCAAGCUCGAGGAUCCCUACCGUCAAACUUUGACUGUGACUAUGCUUAUGUUCUUGGCCAUAUCUCCCUGCAUAUGAUAGCAGCUGGUUUGACUGGCUACAUGGCAACUGUGGCUAAUCUCAAGGACCCUGUACACAAGUGGCGAUGUGCUGCUGCCCCGCUAACCGCAAUGAUGAGUGUCAGGAGGCAUUUACGUGGUCCUGGGGCAAUCCCUAUAGGAAAGCCUGCCAUUCAUCCUUCUCCUAUCGACCUGAAAGGGAAGGCAUAUGAGUUGCUGCGAGAGAAAGCUUCGAGCUUUCUCCUCGAUGACUUCUACAGGACUCCUGGAGGUAUUCAAUUUGAAGGACCUGGUUCAGAUGCAAAGCCCAUCACACUGACCAUUGAAGAUCAGGACUACAUGGGCGACAUCGAAAUGCUAAAACUAUAUCUCGACAAGGUGAAGACGAUCGUGAAGCCCGGUUGCUCGAGGGAUACCCUCAAAGCGGCGAUAAGCUCGAUGAUCUCAGUGACACAUGUGCUGACAGUGAUGUCCCACCCUCUCAAUGCUGAGCUGCCUCUCUACCAUUUCAACUGA